AUGCCACUCGCCGCGAAGCUCGUAAACCCAGCUUUUACAGGACAUGCCCGGAUGGAAUCCACUGCGACAAUCCCCCAAGAACUUCCAUCUGAUGAGCCUAACGACGUCGUGUUCAACAGUCUCUACGGCAUCCGGUCGAUUGAGCUUAACAGACCGAAGAAAUUGAACUCUCUAAACGGCUCCAUGGCACGAAAAAUAGUCCCCAGAUUGAAGGAAUGGGAAAAUUCGCACCUAGCAAAUAUCAUUAUGAUAUCAGGCGCAGGAGAAAAGGCCUUUUGUGCGGGGGGCGACGUUACUACUCUCGCUGAGCAGAACUCUAAAGGGGCGGAAGGACAGAAAAAAUCCAAGGCUUUCUUCUCCCUUGAAUACCAACUUGAUCACCUUAUUGCGACGUACUCGAAACCAUAUAUUGCCAUCUUGGAUGGGAUUACAAUGGGCGGCGGUGUUGGACUCAGCGUACAUGCUCCAUUCCGGAUAGCCACAGAAAAAACUCUCUUUGCCAUGCCUGAGACUACAAUCGGGUUUUUCCCUGAUGUUGGGGGGUCGUUCUUCUUACCUCGUCUCGAUGGAGAAAUUGGAACGUAUCUCGCUCUGACUUCAGAACGACUUGCGGGUAUUCAAGUGUUUUAUUCGGGGAUCGCUACACAUUAUUUCCAUUCCAGCACCCUAAGCAGCAUCACAGCGCGCCUCUCCGAGCUCACCUUCAAGGACUAUGCCUCUCUCCAGGAGCGACUCGAUCUCAUUAACCGGACAUUGUCAGAGUUUCCCACCAAUUUACCAGAUGAUAAGAUUCAACUUUCUGGUAGUAUCCGCCAAUCAAUUGAUCGCUGCUUCUCCAAACCCUCCGUGGAGUCGAUCAUCGAGGCGCUUGAGGAGGAAACAGAGAAUAAGGAAUGGGCACAAAAGACUAUUAAGACGUUAAACGUUCGUUCUCCUACCGCACUUAAGGUUACACUUCGUCAGCUUCGUGUCGGGCGUAAAUGGUCCAUCGGAGAGACCUUCCAACGCGAGGAGAAAAUUGCCGCUCGGUUUAUGGAACAUCCUGAUUUUGUUGAGGGUGUUACUGCGCGCCUUAUAAAUAGGCCUCCCACAGAACCACGCUGGACCCCUGCUACUCUAGCAGAGGUUACGGACGAACAUGUCGACGACUUCUUCCGUAUUCCUCAAGGUGAACGACGCCUGCCGCUUUUAAACCCUGAAAUUGACUACAUGGUUUAUCCGCACGAGCGAUUAGCGCUCCCCUCUGAAAGGGAAAUUGAACGGUUUGUACGCAAGUCCGGAGAAUCUAAGUCCCAGACCGUUAAAGAGUUUUUACUGCGGUGGGAUUAUAAAGAUGGGGUCAAAGAAAAGGUCAGCGAAGUUCUUAACCGCAAAACAAAAGUCACAGAGAAGGGCGGAAGAGAAUGGAUAGAAGAGUCAUAA